CUUGCGUCGGCGGCGGCUGGCGACGGUGGCGGGGACGACGAGUUCCAUUUCUGGGCCGGCGCCGGCCGGCGCUUGCGGCGGCGGGCGGCGGUGGCGGGGAGCGUCGACGAGGCCUCGCGGAGCUGCUGGACCUCUGCUCGCCGGGUCCCGGCGACGUCUUCUGCGACCUGGGCUCGGGCGUGGGCCGGGCGGUGCUGCAGGCGACUGGCGGCGCGCACACUCAGAGUAGAGUAGGAAGAGGUGCCGACACCGCAACCUCUGCCUCGUUUUCGCCUUCUUGGGCCUCCUGGCAGGCCCUCGUCGCCACGGCCGGAUUCGCCGUGAACUUGUAGUCAGGACGCACGCGGGGAGAUUUCCGCGGAGUAGGGGUAUAGGUACAGGCGGAGUUGUGUUUGCCGCUAUCAGCC